AUGCCUCCCCGUCCCAAACAACCCCCCUGCGAGAUCCAUGCUUACUGUGAGUGCCCUUCAAAGGCCGAUUUCGCUUUACGAAUUCUGCAAAUCCCGCAGACGGAGGCCACCGCACCUGACGACCUUGAGUGCGACACAGCCACAAUACGUGUCGCAUUCACCAUCUACACGGCCUCCAGAAACUCGAUCAAUGCCCCAGACCCCGACCGUGACCUUUGGGAUAUGUUGAGCCGCCGCGACGCCGCCAUCAACAGGGACACCUUACAACGAGCUUCUGCGCUCAUUUCGAGAUUUUCCACGCUGCCCCGGAUGUGGUACGUUAUUGCACCCGAAGCAAUCGUGAACGCGUUUGACGUUUACACGAUUCUGUACGAUUACUCGAGCUGUGACAGAGGAGGAGUCUGCUGGGCAUCGGACAACGGACAGACGGACAAGUGGACAUGGAAGGAUCCUACAUCAGCUGGAAAUCAUGGCAGCAGUUCUAUCCACGGUGCUUAG